AUGAAACGAGACAAGAACAAAACGGACGGCGACACGGACUCCACGGACUCCACCCCCGACGACACAACCGCCACGGACGACAUGACGGACGACGUACACGACCUGUACGCCACUGACGCCACCUCCCCACAGGUGGAUGGUGAUGUCGAUCAGAGCGACGUCAAGACGCCUGGAGACACAGUGACGCAGGAGAGAGACACAGACGCGGGCUCAGACACGGAGACGGAGUCCGACAACGACGCGGAGCCGCUGUUAUCGCCCUCACAACCCCACAACGUGCACAAGUACAGAGGCGUGCUGCACUGCGGAGUGUGUAGUAAGGUGGUGAAGCAUGGCGUCCAGGUACGACCUCUACCGUGCAAGGACCACGUAAUACACACUGAGUGUGUAACGGGAAACAACCAGCUGCCCUCCAAGUGCAUGUCUCAGAAAUGCUCGCCGUCUUCAAACACGUCUACAUCUUCUGAUGCCUCGCCCAAUAUGGCUCUGCCCAAGGUAAUUCUCACCGUCCAGGACUUUGAACGAGACUAUCCCGUCACACAUUUUCUGCCCACAGAAAGCGAAGUCACCUACUGCCUGGUGUGCCAGGGCAUCGUCAACCCGCCCACACAGGUGCGGACCAUGCCCUGUGGCCAUAAAGCACAUGCCAGUUGCAUCCCAGCUCCACUGGCCGUACCCGAUAAGUGCAGGUUCUGCCGACGAGAUAACCAUUAUAGAAGGGAACAGGAGCUGCUGGACGGAUAUGACCCGGCGCUAUACGCCAACCAAAACCUGCCUGUUUAUCCUGGCAGAUCAGACGAGGGAGAAGAUGAUGACUCGCCUCCUCCUGCUCACUCCCCGCCGCCCCCUGGAGCAGAACUGGGGCUACCGACGUACGAGGAGGCCACCGAGUGGACAGAAGAGACAAAAUGA